AUGAAAUCUAACAUAAUUAGGGUCUAUGAACUCCUCUCCGGCAAUGGCUCUGAUGUCCAUAAGCUCACUGCGCAUGUCCGGAUGCUCCUGGACUUUGAGAAUGAUGAUCCUGCUGGCCCAGGCGACAUGGCACCUAGGGACCAGUGGCAUCAUUACAUCAAUCCCAAGGGCCGCGUCCAUCUCGUCGCAGUAGUCUUGGAUCUCUGGACAGCUUUCGAUGCCAUCUUCAAGGCCCAUGGCAAGCAACAACGCAUCAAUUCGACAAAGAUUACUCCAGAGAAUGCUAGUCAAUACAGAGAGCAUGUUUUGCAGCGUCGACAACUCCUGGCACUCGAGAAUGGGCCUCAGCCCUUGAAUAAACCAGCUCAAGUUCGCGAAUGGAUGGACAACUCUCGUCCACGUCUGGCAGAAGGCGAUGAGAAGUACCAAGUGUGGGUGGUCGCUUUGGAAGCCUACGUUCGUGGUAUCUGGGACGCUUUUGAAAAGGAUCAGACACUCGGCGGAACUGGAUCAUAG